AUGGGUCGGAAGAAAAUACAAAUAUCACGGAUCACGGAUGAACGGAAUCGACAGGUGACUUUCAACAAGCGUAAAUUUGGGGUGAUGAAGAAGGCAUAUGAGCUGAGCGUACUCUGCGACUGCGAGAUCGCUCUAAUCAUCUUUAGCUCAAACAACAAACUCUACCAAUAUGCUAGCACAGAUAUGGACAAGGUGUUACUCAAAUACACGGAAUACAACGAACCGCACGAGUCCCUGACCAACCGCAACAUCAUCGAGGCACUAACGAAGAAAGAGCAUAAGAACGGAGUGAUGUCGCCUGACAGCCCUGAAGCAGAACCGGAAUAUAACCUGACACCACGGACCGAAGCCAAGUAUUCAAAAAUUGACGAGGAAUUUCAAAUGAUGAUGCAACGUAACCAAUUGAACGGCAGCCGAGUUGGAGUAGGCGUCACUGGGAGCAACUACAACCUACCAGUGAGCGUGCCCGUCGGAAACUAUGACCAGUCCCUUUUGCAAGCUAGUCCUCAAAUGCACACUUCGAUCAGUCCACGGCCAUCGUCUUCGGAAACCGAUUCAGUCUACCCAAGUGGCGGAAUGUUAGAAAUGUCGAACGGAUACCCAGGCUCAGGAUCUCCAUUGGGGGCAGGAUGCACGCCCUCUCCCUCACCAGGGCCAGCUCCCUCCCCUCAUCGCCACCCCCACAAGUCGCACCACGCUCCCCCGCCGCACCACUCGCCCCGUCACAAUAAUCUACGCGUCGUCAUACCAAACUCCAUGCCGCCUCCACAGGAUGACUUGUCAUAUACAGGAGAAACACCACUAAGCUAUUCAGGACUCGGCAGCUUUGGCGGACCACAGGACUUCAGCAUGAGCUCGGACAUCGGUAUAGGACUUUCAUGGGGCGCGCAUCAACUACAGACUUUACAGCACAACAGGUACAUUAGCAGUCUACCAGUACUGGGUGGGACAUCCCCACCGGCCGCGUCGCCUAGCAACGUGAAGAUCAAAGCAGAGCCAGUGUCGCCCCCCCGCGCCCCCGACCACAUGCACCGUGCGCCCGCGCCGCAGCCCGCACAUCUGUCUGGAGUCAUUGAUGGAUCAGUAACGUCAAGCAACAUGGGGUCGCCGGCCGGACAGGACAUGAGGCACAACACCGUCCCACUAGACUACGAGCAGCCUCACACAAAGCGGCAGCGGAUCGAAGGCUGGGCCACA